AGGGCAUGGGCAGACUAGUCAGAUUUCCAUAUUUGAAUUUAUUUUCUUCACACAAACUUCAAAACCCUCAAACUGAUUCACUGUACUAAUACUCUAUUUCCAUAAUAAGCUUAACAAAUGGCCGCCAUGGAUAUCCGCCAUUAAUGGCUGCCGUUGCUUGACACUUGACGUAGACAUCUAACAUCCACAUUAUACACUCUACAUAGUAUACUCUUUUUUCACUUUUUUUUUUAUUUUUUUUUCUAUUUUUCUGUUGAGCUUACUUUCUUUCCUUUCUUCAUUGUUGCUCUUUUUGUUCUUUUCUUUACUUUUCUUCUUCACUUUGUCUUUUACUCUCUCUUUCUUCAUUAUUUGUAUCUUUAGGAUCUAUAUAGAUUCUAUUAUAUGUCGUUUCCUAUUAUUAUCAUUUCUACAUUUUGAAUUUAAAUUUUCUGCUAAUAUAAGGUUUCCUUUUUUCCUUCUGGUUUCUUUUGCUUUGUUACCCGUACUCUUUUCCAUGUAGCAACUUCUAAAACUAAAAGUAGUUUAAAUGAUUGAAAAUGGAAAGAUUUCGACGAAGAACAGCUCAGUCUAGGGUUUCCGUUACUACCAUUGUUGAUCACAGUUCGGAAAAUCGGAAAAUCUCAUAUCAUCCUAAAGGAAACCAGCUGGUUGCUGAACAAUAUAAAGUUUCCGAGUUAGUUUCUCAUUCAAGCAUUGAAAUUUUGGAGAAUAAUCAGCUUUCGUUUGACUUGAGGAGAGGUAGUGGCAUCCCAAUGAAGAAGUUAUUGGCAGACGAGAUGUCUAAGGAAACUGAGUCUGGAAGACGAUCACCGAAUAUUAUUGCUAGAUUGAUGGGUUUGGAUGGGUUUCCUGGUUCACAUAACAAAAAGCAGAAGAGACUUUCUGAUAAUAACCAACGAGGUUCUAGUUCUGCUGGGGUUUCCAAAAAUAGCAAACCUGUUGAUAGUCGGCAUAGGAAGAAUGCUAGGGUACCACUGCAGUUUAAAGAUGUCUAUGAAGUUAAGGAUGGAUCAUAUACGGAAACCAGAAGUACUAUUUCUCGAGCACCGUCCUAUGAAAACUUAGAAGAAUAUGAGAUUGGUUUCAUAAGGCAGAAAUUCAUGGAUGCCAAACGCCUUUCUUCAGAUGAAAGACUGCACCAUUCAAACGAGUUGGAUGAUGCACUAGAGGAGCUUAAUUCUAACAAAAAUCUUUUGGUGAGAUAUCUUCGGGAUCCUGAUUCUCUGUAUUCAAAGCAUAUUCAUGAUCUGCUCUGUGCUCCUGAAUCCUAUCAUGGUGCAAUGCAGGGAGCAGACUCCAAGAAUGCUGUAACAUGUAAUAUUGAUGUCAUAGAGUGUCAAGCAGGUGAAGUUUCUCAAAAGAUUGAUAUUAGCCAUUCUUAUAAAGGAAAUGCGAACGCUUCUUCAAUCCCCACAAAGAUUGUACUUUUGAAGCCAAGUCUUGUUAAAUCACGCAACCCUACUAAAUCUGCAGUGUCUAAUACUACCUGUGAGUUAGAGUCUGACUUUGCGUUUUAUCAUGAAUGCUUGAGCCUAAAACAACCUGCAUCGGAGGGGAGGGGUAACAGAAGCAAGUAUAAUGAUUGUGACAAUUAUGGAAGAAAAUCUCAGGAAUCCAGAGAACUAGCAAGAGAAAUUACUAGUCGAAUGAAAGAUAAAUUAGGUGUAGGUUCUUUUAAUUUUCCUGCAUCUGGUUAUAAAGGAUAUUCUGCCGAUGAGAGUUCAUACGAUAGCUUAGAAAAAGAUUCAUCCGAUGAAUCAGAGGUGACUUUUGUGAGCUCUUGGACUUCAUCUAAUAGGACUGUAUGUAGAAAAUCUUCAUCGUCACGUUACAUUGAGUCUUCUGUCAAUAUGGAGGCCAAGAAUAGGCUCUCUGAGAGAUGGAAAUCGAUUCACAGAUUUCAAGAGCUGGGAGAAUCUAGUAAAGGCAGUACACUAGCUGAAAUGCUUGCCAUCCCAGAUGUGGACAUCAGGCCACGGAGCCCUGACAUUACAUUUGACAGGGAUGACUGUUAUCGCAGGUGUGGGAGGAGUGAUGGAACUGCAGAAUUGAAUACUCCUUUGGGUAUUAGCAGUAGGGAUGGCUGGAAUGAUCUAUGUGUUCAAAACUUGUCUAGGUCUAGAUCCCUUCCAACUUCUGUCAAUCACCUUGGAAGUCCUAGAUCCAGCACAAAUUGUGAAGCAAUUGCUGCAGAAAGGUUUUUAAUUCGGAAAGAAAACAUUAGUCAUGCUAGAAAUAAGGCAAUUAGGAGGGAAGCUAGAAGAAAAGAUCGAUCCUUUUCGAAAAUUAGGAAGCCUAGGGAUGAGAAAACUCAGUCUAGUCAUUUAAAAAUGGUUGAUGAUGCAUGUGAGAGGCAAUCAGGUGGUAAUUUAAUGAAGAAUGCCACUGAUGGGAAAGAUUCACCAGAAGUACAAACUAUGUUUCUGGAGACACCAUCUUGCAGGUCUGAUGCAUAUCUAGCUAUUGAUGGGAAUGUUCCUCCUUUAUCCCAAGACGAUUCAUCUUUAAACGACAUGCCACCUUUGCCACAGGUAGGAGGCUCAUCUUGCUUACCAUGUACUGCAACUCAUCUAGAAGCUUCCGUAAGCAGCAAGGAGUCUGAGCAACCUAGUCCUGUUUCAGUUUUGGAAGCUCCUUUUGUUGAAGAUCUAUCAUCUGGUUCAGAAUGUUUUGAGAGAGUCAGUGCCGACCUUCAUGGGUUGAGGAUGCAGCUUCAUCUGCUUAAGCGGGAAUCUGAAGAUUAUGAUGAAGGAUCUAUUCUCAUUUCUAGUGAUGAAUAUGUGGAGGUUUCACCCGAAUUGACUCCUCGAAAUGGAGCAUGUUGGGAAUAUUGGUACUUGGUAGAUGCGUUGGCUCUUUCUGGGUUAGAUAAAACUAAUAGUGAGAUGUUCCAUGGUACAUGGCACUCCCUAGAUUGUCCAAUUGGCCCUUGGGUGUUUGAAGAUCUAGAGAAGAGAUAUUCUGAAUCAGAGUCAUGUUCACGAUCAGAACGGAGACUGCUGUUUGACCAUAUAAAUGCCCAAAUUUUGGAGAUCUCUCAACAGUUUAUAGAUACUAUGAAGGCACAGGUAAAGCAACCGGGAAAAGGUAUUGAUCCUCAAUGUUUGAAGGAUAUGUUAAAAGACGAGGUGCAUAACGUUUUGGAGAAGCAUGGAAACAAGUUAACAGAAAACGAACUUGACAUGAUGAUACUGAGCAAAAUGCAAUGGACUGCACUUGGAGAGCAUAUCAGUGAUGUAGGUAAGGAUAUUGAACGAUUGUUGAUGGAUGAGCUAGUAACAGAAUGUCUUCCUUCGUAAAAGAGGUCUUUACUCGAUCAAAUCGCAUGUAUUAAUGUAUAUGGACAUGAACUGAUCUGGAUCAGUUUAGUAGAGGACAGUAGGUUGUCAAAAAUGUUUAUGAAAUCAUAUUUUGAAUUGAAUAAGAGGCAGUGGGAUAAUUUUGUGGAUCCAAUUAUAUUAUGAAGUACUAUAGAUCCUAUAGGAGUAUUAGACAUUAGUUGUACAAGAAUCUUGGGUUACUGUAAGCAAUCAUUAUAUUAUGAAGUUGAAAGUAAUUAAUCUUUUUGGUAA